UGCGCAAGGCCACGUCCUCACACUGUAUCUCGCGAGUUUCUUCACUCCUGCUGUUCAAUGGCUGUAUCGUAGUGGGUUAUAAUUUUGGAAUGUGCUUGUGAGCUAUGGCUGGCCAGCAGUUUCAGUAUGAUGACAGCGGAAACACAUUCUUUUAUUUUCUCACUUCUUUUGUAGGGCUAAUUGUUAUUCCCGCUACUUACUACUUUUGGCCUCGGGACCAGAAUUCAGAGCAGAUCCGUUUGAAUAAUUUAAGAAAAGUUCAUGGAAGAUGUCUCUGGUACCGCUUGAGGCUGUUGAAACCACAGCCAAAUAUCAUUCCAAGAAUAAAAAAAUUAGCCCUCCUUGCUGGAUGGGUAUUAUUUAUAUUCCUGGCGUACAAAGUUUCACAGACAGAUCGAGAAUAUCAAGAAUACAAUCCUUACGAAGUGCUAAGUUUAAAACCAGGUGCAGCUCCAGCAGAAAUAAGAAGGCAAUAUCGACUUCUGUCUCUGAAAUUCCAUCCAGAUAAAGGUGGAGAUGAAGCUAUGUUCAUGAGAAUUGCUAAGGCUUAUGCUGCCUUAACAGAUGAAGAAUCUCGGAAGAAUUGGGAAGAAUACGGUAAUCCAGAUGGGCCACAAGCAACAAGUUUUGGUAUAGCUUUACCUGCUUGGAUUGUGGACCAAAAAAAUUCCAUGCUGGUGUUGUUUGUAUAUGGACUGGCUUUCAUGGUUAUUCUUCCAGUUGUCGUGGGCUCUUGGUGGUAUCGCUCAAUACGUUACAGUGGAGAUCAGAUUCUUAUUCGUACAACUCAGAUCUAUAUGUGCUUUAUAUACAAAACUCGAAAUAUGGAUAUGAAACGGCUUAUAACGGUUUUGGCUGCAGCCGCAGAGUUUGAUCCUCAGUUUAACAAGGAAGCUCUAAGUAGGCCAACAGACAACGUUGAAGUGCCUCAGACUGCAUAUGAGGAAACUUCAAUGAUACUUAAAAAGUCUUUGGUGCCACCAUUCUCAUGUCCCUACUCCUUUAAGGCACCGAUCUUAGAUCUCAGCCAUCUCAACAACCGUGAAGAAGGAAAAACUCUGGAGGAAGACCAGAUUUAUGUCAUCAUACACUGCCCUGCCCUGUUGAGGCUUAUGUUCAAUAACCUCUGCAAGAAGAGUCUCAGAGCUGCAGGAACUCAUGGCGAUUUCCGUGCCCCAAGUUUGACAACAUUAGAGAACUGUAUGAAGCUCUCUCAGAUGAUUGUACAGGGACUGCGCCUGCAGCAGAUGAAGAAUCCUUUACUUCAGCUUCCUCAUAUUGAUGAAGAUAAUUACAGACGGGUAGUUAACCAUAAAAAGUACAAAAUCAAAAGUAUCCAAGAUCUCGUCAGCUUGAAAGAAUCUGAACGCCGUAGCUUACUGCAUUUCCUUGAUGAGGACAAAUAUGAAGACAUUAAAGCUGUGCUUGGUAGUUUUCCUCAUGUUACCAUGGAUAUCAAGCCACAAGUUUUAGAUGAUGAAGACAGCAAUAAAAUCACAGUAGGAUCCUUGGUCACAGUGCUGGUCACAGUAAUGAGACAAUCAAUGUCAGAGAUAUUCGAAAUGGAGCAGACAGUUUGUAUAACAGAAGACCAACCGGUCGAUGAUGGGUUACAGCAAGGUGACAUGGGCAAAGGCAAGAACAAAGGAUGGCAGCAGAAAAGCAAAGGAUCUAAAAAACCCUUUAAGUCAAAGAAAAAGAAGCCAGUGAAAAAGAAAGGAGCCAUUCAGCCAUCACAAGUGCAGCAGAAACAGCCUGGUCAGAAGCAGGCUAAUGGCACUAUUGGAAAUGAAGUGGCCAUUAAAGACGAUGAGGAUAUUUCAGAUAAAGGGAGUGACUCUGAAGAAGAUGAUAACAUUAAAGAUUCCCAAAGUGAAAAGGAGGAUGGAAGUGAUGCAGAUACAGAUAAAGAAGUACUCGAGAAGGACAACAAAGAUGAUGAAGCAGAAUGGCAAGCUCUUCAGCAAAGCAUUCAGAGAAAAGAAAGAGCAUUUCUAGAAACCAAAUCCAAAGUUACACAUCCAGUUUACAGUCUUCACUUUCCUGAGGAAAAACAGGAGUGGUGGUGGAUAUAUAUCGCAGACAAGAAGGAUCAGAAACUAGUAGCGAUGCCAUACCAUAUCUGUACUCUUAAAGAUAGAGAAGAGGUUGAACUGAAAUUCCCAGCACCACGUAGACCUGGAAUUCAUCAGUAUAUUGUAUGUCUAAGAUCUGAUUCAUAUUUUGGCUUAGACCGUGUUCAAUCAUUAAAGCUGGAAGUGCAUGAAGCCAAGCCAAUUCUAGAAAACCAUCCUCAGUGGGAAACCUCUGCCGAGGGUGAAGAUGACCAAGAGGACAGUGAAGGCUUUGAGGAAAGUGAAGAGGAAGAGGAAGACGACGAUUAAUUGCAACUAUGGAAUGUUGUCUCAACACUUUUGCACACACAUUCAGCCUCUUGCUGUUCUAAUAUGUGAACUGUUCAAUAAAGUGGGAAUCAAGAUACAAACCUACUGGUCAGCCAUGUACGUUUUUAAUUCCUUUUGCCUACAAAUUCUAAACUGUAUCAUGAUCUCACUGUAUAAGGUCAAGUAAACUUUUUGGCGUGAAUACUGCAGUGAUGAUGUGCUUGACCCUUAUUUGAACUGGAAGUGGAAGUAACAUUGCCACUAUACUGUGAUUGCUUAUAAAAUCGGCUUAGUAUUGUUUCCUUAUUGUUUGAUGGUCUUGGCACACUUGAGGCAAAAUCAGGAUUUUGUGACCUGCUUAAGGAGAUUAGGAUGCAAAUGAAUCUCAGGUGAUACAGCAGAAUUUAUUGCCCAAACAUAUGCUUUUCUUAUGUUAGUAACGGUCUUACUUUGGCAAACAAUACUCAUUAGCCAUACUUACCAUGAUACUGUUUAAACAUCGAUGUGUGGUACUUUUGUUUUCAUUUAUUUGUCGGAACAUGUGCUAGCACCAUCAUAAUAUAUCCACAGUAUAAAUAUAGUGUAUAUGGUCAGAAGUAUAUAUUUUAAUAGAAGUUUUUUUAAAAGAUAAUUGUUAAUAUCAGUCAUCGUGACUAUAUUUGAAUUUAUUUGCUAUGUUCUUAUCAAGCUGUUUAAAAUAGCUUUACAAGUUAAACAUACAGUGCUGGUUCCUUAUGUUAGGUAUAUAAUGUUGGAAAAAAUGUAAAGUUUUGCCUCCUCCAGUCAAUCACUACUGCUGUUCUGCACUGCUGAAUGAGGAUGAGACAGAUGCACAGCAAAACAAAGGAUAACAAUAUUGUGGAUGACCUUUACAUUUUUGAUUUUGUGCCCUAUCUUUAAAGGUCUGGUUGUAAAUUAGGUAUGAUUUACAUUUUAAUGCUGUUAUAUUCUGAUUCUCAUAGAUAUAAAUGUAAUUUUUACUUAUUUCUUAAGUACCUCAUGUAAAUAACGUACUAAAAUGAGAAAGGUCACCAGGACUUGCAGCUGUAUGGUAUGUCAUUUCAAAAUUGUCAUAAUCAUCAUCAGACAUGAGAAGAACAUUUUUUGAAAGUGGUAAUUUGUGGCCAUACAGGCAUACUGAUAAUUUAGUUCCACCUCCUUUUUUUUACUGGCAUAUUGCCGAAUAUGCUGUCAUUUAGAGGCUUCACUGCUGUACGUGUGAUACUGCAGCAAAGCCUUUCCAAGUUGUAUACGUUUGUAUUUUGUUAAUUCUUAACUUAAUGUGUAAUGCCACAAAAAGUAAUUCCCAUAAGUUCUGUGGUUUUUCUCUUAUAAUAAAGCCCUCUUUCACUGUAA